GCCGCCCCCGCUCCCCGGGAGAGGUCAGCCCGGCGGUAGCGGAAGCUUCUCGCUCCCUCCCGGCGUCCCGGAACCAGCCCCACCGCUGCCGCCUCCUUCCCCGGCCCGCCGGCAGCAUGUCAGCUCCCAGCACCGCCUCCCGCAGGUAACACCCGCCCUUCCGCUGCCGCCGCUUCCCCUCCUAUAUGGGCCACCUGCUCUCGAAGGAGGCAAGGAGCCUGAGUCGGGACCACCGCCGCCGCCCGCGGGGGAAGGUACCGCCGCCACCGCGCAGCCGGAGCUGCUUCCUGCGCGGGCCCUGCAUGCUCUGCUUCAUCGUGCACGGCGCCAGCCCGCCCGCCCCGGAGCAGCCGCUGCCCGCUGGGGAACCGCUGCUGCUGCUGCUGCCGCCGCCGCCGCCCUACGUGUCGCUGACUGCCGCGGAGCAGCGCGUCGCCCGCCGCCUCCUGCGCCUGGCGCCCGCCGCCUGGGAACCUCCGGGCCGCUGCCAGCGCCUCUUCCUCUCCGGCCUGCUGCCCUCGCCGGUUCGGGGCCUUCUGGGGCCGCCCGGCGAGGUCUCCUCCGAGAUGGUGUGCAAGCGCAAGGGGGCCGGGCUGCCAGCCUGCCCGCCCUGCAAGCAGCCGCGCUGCGCCGCCGCCGAGCCCGAGCCCGGCGCCUGCCAGUGCCCGGCGGAGCCGCAGCUGCUCGCCCUGCCCGGCGCCGCGGGGGAGAGCGGCGGGGGCACCGCCGGGCAGAGCGGCGGGGGACAGGCCACCUCGCCGCCGCCUCCCGCACCCCAGGACGAGAAGGAGCUGGGCCGGGAGGAGGAGAAGGAGCGGGGCGGCGAGGCGGGCUGCGAGGAGCCGCUGGAGUUCCCCGGCGACGGCUGCCGGGACCUGCCACCGCCGCCCACCCCGGAUAUCAAUCAGCUGCCACCUUCCAUCCUGCUCAAGAUAUUUUCCAACUUGUCUCUGAAUGAGCGUUGCCUUUCUGUGUCAUUAGUCUGUAAAUAUUGGCGUGACCUCUGUUUAGAUUUUCAGUUUUGGAAACAACUGGAUCUCAGUAGUCGUCAGCAGGUCACUGAUGAGCUGUUGGAAAAAAUAGCGUCAAGAAGCCAGAAUAUUACUGAAAUCAAUAUUUCUGAUUGUCGCAAUGUAUCUGAUACAGGAGUAUGCAUAUUAGCAAUUAAAUGUCCUGGGCUUCUGAGGUAUACUGCCUACAGAUGUAAACAGCUUUCUGACACCUCUAUUAUUGCAGUUGCCUCUCAGUGUCCUCUUCUGCAGAAAGUGCAUGUGGGCAAUCAAGACAGACUCACUGAUGAAGGCCUGAAACAGCUCGGUUCAAAAUGCAGGGAAUUGAAAGACAUACAUUUUGGACAAUGUUACAAGAUCUCGGAUGAAGGAAUGAUGAUUAUAGCUAAAGGCUGUCUGAAGCUGCAAAGAAUAUAUAUGCAAGAAAACAAAUUAGUGACAGAUCAGUCAGUGAAAGCUUUUGCUGAACAUUGCCCUGAGCUGCAGUAUGUUGGUUUCAUGGGCUGCUCUGUUACUUCAAAAGGAGUCAUUCACCUUACCAAUCUAAGAAAUCUUUCGAGCUUGGAUCUACGUCAUAUCACAGAACUGGACAAUGAAACCGUAAUGGAAAUAGUAAGGAGAUGCAAAAACCUUAAUUCUCUCAAUCUGUGUCUGAACUGGAUCAUUAAUGACAGAUGUGUGGAGGUGAUUGCCAGAGAAGGACGGAACCUGAAAGAACUGUAUUUAGUAUCCUGUAAGAUCACAGACUAUGCUCUGAUAGCCAUUGGGAGGUACAGCAUGACAAUAGAGACAGUGGAUGUUGGAUGGUGCAAAGAGAUCACAGAUCGUGGAGCCACCCAGAUUGCUCAGCGCAGCAAAUCCCUCAGAUACUUGGGACUGAUGAGAUGUGAUCAGGUGAACGAGGCCACAGUGGAGCAGCUGGUGCAGCAAUACCCACAUAUAACCUUCAGUACUGUGCUGCAGGAUUGCAAGAGAACACUGGAGCGAGCUUAUCAAAUGGGCUGGACACCCAAUAUGUCUUCUGGCUCCUAACCUUCUGUACCAAUGUUCCACUCUGCUGCAAUCAGUAGAUCUAAUGGGGAUUGAAGGGUUUAUAACCUUUCAUAUGAUGCAAUAUAGUUGUGAGUUUACAGAGGUUACAGUAAAAUGGCAAAAGCUGUACACUGACUUUAACGUACUGUAAAAAUAUUGAAGUAAAACUUUAGAAAUGCAUUGUGUUUUUGUUUGCAUAAAAGUUAUAAAAGCCUUUGGCAAAUUUCUUGAAGUGGAUUCCUACUAGUUCUCUGGAUAGUUUGAGUUAUAGAUGUUAAGCUUGUUUUCUUCUGUUUACUUUGCCUUGGUCACGUGUGUUUCCUUUUAUCUGUAAAUGGUAACUCAGUGCUAGCAUCAGUGCAGUUGAUCAACAGAGGCCUGUGUUGAAACUAGGAACUAAACUUGUUGCUCUUUACUUACUAAAUAAAAAGGUUUUAGGAGGUUUUAAGAUACAGAGUACCUUAACAGUGAAUUACCAUUUUCUCAUCUUUUUUUUCUUUAAAUAUAAGAAGCUGUAGCGAUAUUAAAAAUCUGUCCACCUUGACAUUUUAAUAAUGAGUAACAAUACUUACCAGCUACACUUCAUGAAGACAAAGAAUAACUCAAUACACCAACUAUCAGAAUAAGUUGUUGAUGCUUAUUGUAUUUGGCUGAAAAAAAAUACUGUCUAUUGUAAAUUAAUUUGUCUUCUCUGACUAUGCUGUUCUGUGGAUGAAUUGGAAAAUUCAGAUGAAUAAGUCAAUAACAGGAUCCCUCUCAUUUUCUGUGUGGUUUUAUUUUAGAAUGGAUCUUAUAAUGCAAAUAUUACUUACCUUGAGAAGGCCACUAAACAUGAGUCCCAUUAUGGGUAUCAGUGUAUGCAAGGAAAUACCCAAAUUAAACACAUAAAAUGAUUAAUUUUCUUGUAGGACUGUUAUGGCUUAACCCCAAACCACAACUAAGUACCACACAACCUCUCUUUCACUUUCUCACACAUUGCAUUCUAAGUAUUUGAGCAGGGAAUUGUGAAAAUACAGACAUUGCAUCUUCAAUUUGGAGUUGCCUUAACCUUUAGAGUAUUACCAUUUGGUUAAGAAUGUUGUUAGGUGUGUAACACUGGAUAUUUGUUUUUCAAAGGUUACAGCAUUUUAAUCCAAACUAUGAAAUGCUUAAGCUUCAGCUGAAAAGUUGUCAUUAUUGUCAAAAUGUUUUGCUAAUCCGGGAGGCCUAAUGCAACAUAACAUAGAAGCUUGUUUAGUAUGGCUGUAUAACUGUGUAAAGCUCUUUGUUGAUUUCCAUAGCAUAAUUUUUUGCAACAGAAACAUCAGCUCAUGUUACUUCCAGUGAGGAUGCUGAAUGUUUUAUUAUUAGACUUUUCAAAAUGGGGAUGAACUAAUUUCUGUGGAAAAACAAUAUAUCAUAAAGAUUUUGUUUAAAAUAGGUGGUAAAUACUUGUGAACAUGUGUAAUGCUAUGCUGUUUAUUUACUCCAAAAUGGCAACAGUAUUUUAAGAAUUAAGUCAGUGAAUUAUAUUACAGAUAUAGUACAGAAUCUCAGUCAAUUUUAUUUUAAUGUCUCUUUAUGAGUGCGUUAAAACUAUUUCCACACUUUGUAAGUUUCUAUUUUUUGGUGAGACCUUUGAUCUUGCAAUAAACUUUUUGAAUAAAGAUGUGA